AUGGCGAAGCAAGCACCGCACGCUUUCGUUAGCCUUGGGGCUCCUAAGCUGCGCUCAACAAACAUAUGGGGAAGGGUAUCGGUGUCGGUCUUGCCGCUGGAAACAAGGCAUCAACGUCGCUUUGGUGCAGUGAGACUGCGCGCAGCUUUAGACCUACCCAUGACACUCGGACAGUGGGUUCUCCAACAGGAGAGGCAGCAUCCAGAGACCGCUGAUUUGGCUCCUUUGAUAACAGCCACAGCGACAGCUGGCAAGCAGAUUGCCUCACUGGUCGCCCGAGCGGGCGUGAGCAACUUGACUGGCCUUCAGGGCUCGGUCAACGUGCAGGGCGAGGAGCAGAAAAAGCUGGACGUGUUGACGAACGAGGUGCUCAAGAACGCGCUACGCUCAACAGGGAAACUAGGUGUCUUGGCUUCGGAAGAGGAAAACGAGCCAGUGUCGCUCAUGGAAGAGGCGUAUACAGGUGACUUUAUUGCUGCGUUUGACCCGUUGGACGGAUCCUCGAAUUUGGAUGCAGCGAUCGCCACGGGUACGAUUUUUGGUGUAAUGCGCAGCGGCGAGCACUGUCUGACGGGACCCGAGGACGCGGAUAUAAGUCAGCGACAAAUGCAGUGCCUCGUGCAGACGCUGCAACCGGGUGCGAAUCUGGUGGCAGCGGGCUACAUUCUCUACUCCUCAUCGGUGAUUUUCAUGCUGUCUAUUGGUCACGGAGUGCAGGGUUUUUCUCUGGACCCAGCGAUUGGCGAGUUUGUUUUGACGCACCCAGAUGUUCGUGUUCCGGAGCGUGGCAAGAUCUACUCCUUCAACGAGGCAAACUCGGAUAACUGGGACCCUGUUCUUCAAGAAUAUAUUCGAUCGAUGAAGAAAAAGGGCUAUUCUUCGCGCUACAUAGGAUCUCUCGUUGGCGAUGUCCAUCGCACGCUGAUUUACGGCGGCGUUUUUGGAUACCCUGGUGAUAAGAAGAACCCGAACGGCAAGUUGCGUCUUCUGUACGAGUGCGCACCUAUGGCGUAUCUCAUGGAGCAGGCCGGCGGUAUAGCGACCACGGGAAAGCAAAGAAUUCUGGAUAUUGUUCCGCGAGAUGUCCAUCAGCGAGAGCCGUUCAUUUGCGGAAGCCCCAGGGAUGUUGAGGACCUUUUGAAAAUUUACCAAGGCUCCAUGGCAAUGCGUGGCUAG